CGAUAACCCACCAUGCGUAGGUUAGAGCCCACCAAGUCGAAAUCAAAAUUAUUCGUCACAAUAAAUGAAUGAAUGAAUGAGGCUUUUUCUCAAUCACGCUCUCUCUCUCCUCCUCUUCAGUCCCCUCCACUCUCUUAACAAUUAUAAAAAAAUAAUUCUCAUUUUCUCCCUCGUGUUCAAUUCGCUCCACCUCCUCUCUCUAUUACGACGCCGUUUCACUCCGGACGAUCGGAGUCGUUAUAUAUAACGUAAAGUAACAACCCCGGAAUGGUGAAAUCUUCCAAGACUCACCUGGAAGAAGACGAAGAAGCCAACGUCUAUGACGGCUUCCCCCGCAGAAACACUACCUCCUCUGCCUACAAAGGUGAAGAAAUGAAGGUAGAGGCGAAGAGCAGUGAACGGAAGACCAACGAGCAUCGGUCGAAGCAUUCGGAGACCGAGCAGCGAAGGAGAAGCAAAAUUAACGAGAGAUUUCAGAUAUUGAGAGGUCUCAUACCUCAAAAUGAUCAGAAAAGAGAUAAAGCUUCAUUUCUUUUAGAGGUUAUAGAUUACAUUCAGUUUUUACAAGACAAGUUAAAUAUGUAUGAGGGAUCAUAUCAAGAGCCAACCAAACUGAUGCCAUGGAGAAACCAGAAUGGCCUGGCAGAAAGUUAUAUGGAACAUUCUCAAGUUUUAAAGAAUGGGUCUAGUCAUGAGAACAGUGUUGUUACUCCUGUAAUGCUAACAAAUGCACAGAACUCAAUGGAAUCUGAUAUGGGCACAGAUGCAGUAUACAAAGCUACUGAUCUUGCCCCUGGGUCAGCUUCUCCAAUGGUUCCCCUUAAUAAUGUACAUGCCCAGCCGAACGUGUAUACUCUUGUGGGGAGGGGCAGCAUGCCUACCCAGUCAUUACAGGAAUCUAUUUCAGAUGCUGAGAACAUGGGUUACCAGCACCAAUCACAAUUCUGGCAGGCAGCAUGUGCAACUGACUGUGCUAUUCUAAACAGUUCACUGAAUGAACAGGACCUUUCAAUUGAAAGUGGGUCAUCUAGCAUUUCAAGUGCUUUCUCUCAAGGGGUAUUGAAUACUCUGACCCAGGCACUGCAAUCAUCGGGUGUGGACUUGUUGCAAGCCAACAUCUCAGUGCAAAUUGAUGUUGGAAAACGAGUAAUCAGUGGACAAACUGCCAUGGCAGUCAGUUCAAAGGAUCAUGAUAAACAAUAUCAAGACAAUCUUGUAAUGACACAAACUGGAGUUCAGAGCUUUGAUGAGAAUUCUGAUCGUGUUCACAAGAGGCUCAGAACAGAAUAAAAAAGGCGAGCCUGCGCAUGUUGCAAAUGGGAGGCAUGACUUGGUUGGGAUUGCUUGUUGGGUGGUCAGUGCGCGAGGGGGCUUGGUAGACGCUAGCUCAGUGUUGAUGAGCGACCAACACAAGUGGGAAAAGCUACAAAAUUGGUUGCUGUCAAUCAAAAUGAUGCUUGGGGUCGACGAAUCUGACAUGGAAUGGGCAGGAGUAGAUAUGGGUUGUGAUGCAAGGGUGAUGACAACAAAAUCAGA